AUGAACGUAUUUCGUUUUAGAUCAAGUUCAUCUGCUGCCAACAGCACCAAAUCUGCCACACCAUCAGUUGAUUACGGGCCAAUCACUCAUGAGCCCAUCCUGACUCAACCCACACAGUAUGAACCCGUCAUGAACCCUGUUCUGGACGAUGAGCAAAAGAAGAAGAUUGUGGAUUUAUUAGCUUACAUGGAUACACUUAUCCUCCCCAAAGAUGAUCCCUACUAUCCCAAUGAACGAGGCUUUUUAUCUGAGGGUACGGCUCAUAGAUACAUGAGAGCAAGAAAAUGGGAUUUUGAGGCAGCCAAGACCAUGUUGGAGAACACUGUCAAGUGGAGAAGAGAGUUCAAGCCAGAUGAAUUGGAUGAAGAAAUGAUUCGCCACGAGGCCGAGACUGGAAAGAUGUAUUUCAGUGGAUUCGAUAAAACUGGUCGCCCUCUUUGGAUCAUGAAGCCUCGUAAUGAAAACUCCAAGGAUUCUGAUAGACAAGUGAAGCACAUUGUAUUCUGCUUGGAGAGGGGUAUCCGUCUGAUGCCUGAGCACGUGGAAAAGAUUUCAAUUGUCGUUGAUUUCAAGGAUUCCACUUCAUCCAACAAUGCCAGCAUCGGUACCUGCAAAAAGUUCCUAGACAUCUUGGGAAACCACUACCCAGAGAGGCUCGGUAUCGCAUUUUUGGUGAACUCACCAUGGUUUUUCCUUACGACAUUCAAAGUCAUUGCACCCUUCAUGGACCCUGUGACAAGAAACAAGAUCAAAUUUAUUAAUUCAGAUGAUACCAAGAGCACCAACAACGAUCAAAUUAACAUGGAUGACUACAUACCUUUGAAGCAAAUGGAAGUGAGUCUGGGUGGCCAGUACAACUAUAUAUUUGAUAUCGACACUUAUUGGAAUGCUCUUUUGGAUAAGACUGGAAAGCCCUACAAAGUGAUAGAAUAUAAAUAA